AUGGCGGAGAAGGGGCGGAGCGCUGUGCGGAGGCUGCUGGGGCUGCAGGAGCGGCUGCGCCGUGCACGGCAGCCCGCAGAGAUUGUAAAAACACUUAAGGUAUUACAAGGUUUGGAUUUAUCACUGGAUAUUUUGCUGGAAACUGGCAUGGACAAAACAGUUAAAAGUUUUAGGGAACAUGCCACUGCUGGGAAUCUAGCUAAAAGUCUGUUAAAACAGUGGAAAAAGCUUAUUUCUCCAGAAAGUAAAAGCAAUCACAGGGGAAGAAAAAAUAAUGAAAAAGAAAAACAUAAGAUGACAUCUUCUGUUUCCCAGGAGAUUAAGCCUUCAGAGAAGCCUGAAACAUCUGUCCCAGCCUUUACAAGUUCCAGCAGUGCUCCCAUUAGUACAAAGCUGAAUAAGGAGCAUAUUUGUAGUGAAAAGACCCAUCAAAGUACAAAUUCUCCAAAAGAAUGUGAUAAUAAAGUAUGUAACAGCAGUGGUUCUAAGCAUGCUUCCCAGGGUACCAAUUCUCAGGCUAAAGAAAGUGAGUUCAAAGGGAGCACCUCCACAGAGAGAAAGAAAAUUUCAAAAAAGCAGCAUUCUUCUGCAGCCAAUGAAGGCUUAUUGUGCCUGAAAGAAAAGCCUAGUAAGGAUGCUUCCAAACAGAGAAAUCCUAAACGUGUGAAGAAACCAAAACAAAAUCUUGUCAUGAAAGACCAAGCCAAAUCAUCUGGUGAUGAGGAAUUUGAACCCCCUACUAUGUCUUUUGAAUCUUAUCUUACUUAUGAUGAGGUUACCAACAAAAGAAAGAGAAAAGCUUGUUCUACAGGUGCACAGCCAAAAAAGUGCAGUAAAGAGAAGAACAGCUCAUUACUACAAAAGACUUCAAAACUUUCUCAGGCAAAAGAGGGAGUUGAAGAUGUAAAAAAAUGUGAGACUGAUCAAUCAGAAACUCCAAGUAAAAAGGCCAAAUUGGCAUCCCUCCAAGAGCUUCUUAAUACUCCACUACCUAAAACUCUGCCAGGCAUCUCAGAAUCAUCUCCCCCAUAUGCUGCAGACUUUACAGCGUUCACAGUGCCUGCUGUAGAAGCACCCCAGCAAGUCAAUGAGAUAGUUCAAUUCACAGGGCAGAGACUGAACUCCAAAAUGCAGGUGUACUCUGGCUCCAAGGCAGUCUGCCUUUCCAAGAUGCUUACACUGUAUGAGCAGUGUGUCCGUGUGCUUCACAACCAUUUUGAGUUGCUACAAGAAGCAGGAGGUGUGCCCUUUGAAAUUCUUGAGCCUGUGCUAGCACGUUGCACACCAGAGCAGUUGUUUCGAGUAGAGAAAUGUAAUCUGAUGUUUAUAAAAGAGACUGACCACUUGUGGAAGAAACACUGCCAAAGAGACUUUAAAAAUGAGAGCCUUCUGGAAUAUGAGUCUUGGCGUGAAAUGUACUGGAGACUGUUUAAUCAGAGAGAAGAAAAACUCAAGAUCCUUACAAAAAAUAUUCUUUCAGCUCAGUCUGAGAAACCAAAAGGCAGGCAAGCAAAAAUGGCUUAUGUGAUUGGGGCAGCAAAACCUCCCAGGAACAUUUGCCGACGGCACGAAAUCCACGGGGCAGCAGGACCUGUCAUCCAGCUUCAUCCCACAGGGAAGUGCAAAACAGGGAUUCCAGAAAUGAGAGACAGAAAUAACACAUUAUCAAAUCUGAUAUGUGCUGGCACUAGUAGAAGUUCUAGCUCAGGUGUCAUGAUUCAAGAUGGAAAGAAGCCUACCAAAAAAAUAGCACCAAUCAUGAAGAAAGCAUUGAAAGCACUGAGGAGUAGAGUUGGACAAUGAUAAAAUGAGGCUGUGCAUUUGAAGCUUAUUUGAUGUGACUGUAUGUAUAUUAUGCUACAGUGAAUGAAAGUA